UAUCGGAUUGCAUCAGCUGUUUAAUGUUUAACCAGAUGGCAACACCGCAAGCAAAUUAAAGCCGCAUCAACAACUUUUAACAAUUGGAGGAAUUCAGCAUUAUUUCUUUGUUAUAAGAAGCCAAAGCAGCCACGCUAUGAAAAUAUUAUGUGAAGUGCAGGUGUUAAAUCGCACAACGCAAGCAAAUCGCACUCCGCGACCUGUAAAAUCAACACUGGCUAUUGGCUACAAGCAAAGCGCGCGCGACUCCAAUGGCAAUACCAAAAAGGAAUUGGAAAUGGUGCUUUUUACGCCACAGGUAAAAGCCGGCACGCGCUACAAGGUGCGCGAUAAUAUACACUGUGUGCACACUAAGUUUGUGCUGGAUGGCAAAGCGACCAUUGGCUUUAAGCAGCCUGCAGAGAAUUUGCUCAUCAAAUGUGAUCCGAUACAGCUGAAGGGCUUUCUGCAAACCCUUAAGCUGGGCAUGGAGGGCAAGGACGCCAUCAAUCUGAGACUGAACAUAGCUAACACAACUGCAAUACCGCAGAAAUCACAGCCGCAGCUGCGCAUGACCAUCAACAAACGCAGCGAGUAUCCCAUCAAAGGUUUUCCGCGCACCCUCAAAUCUCUGACAAUCAGAAAUAUUCAAUUGGUGAAGCUCAGCUUUGAGAUCUGUACGCUGCGCAAUCUUACUACGCUCGAUGUCAGUGGCAACAAGUUAACAAAGAUACCCACGGAAUUGGGUCGUCUUCCAUUGACCACAUUGCACUUGAGUGAUAAUGCACUGGGCGAGCUGAAUGAUUGGUGCUGGCUGCGCGGCAGCAAACUGCGUGAGUCUCUCGUUGAGCUUGACUUGUCGGACAAUGGGCUGAGCUACUUUCCACCAGCCCUGGUUAGGUUAGAGCGUCUGGUUACGCUUAAUCUGAAUCACAAUAAUCUGAGUCAUCUGCCGUUUGCCAUACGCCGUCUGCAGAAGCUGCGCUCGCUCCAUGUGUCCAGCAACAAGCUGGAAUCUCUGCCCGCUGCAAUUGAGGAUCUUCACAUUGAUUUGCUGGAUGUGUGGGGCAACUGCUUUAAGGGCUUCAAUAUGGAAGCGGCUCGUACGCAGGUGCAACGCUUAGCUGCCGGACACACGCCGGCGCCGCUUUGGUUACAGGCGGCUCGCAUUGUCGCCAGCCACAAACUGCCCUUUUCAGAAAGUACACUGCCUGCCAUACUCAUUGAACUAAUCUCAGAGGCGCCCAAGUGCCUAUGCGGCAAGCUGUGCUAUGCGCUGGAGUCACGCGAUCUGCUAAAGCGCGUGACACAGCCGAAGUUUACCAAUAUCAAAAACUUAACCUAUAGUCGCGAGCACCAGAUCUACUCCGAUAUCAUCAUCUGUGGCUCCAAUUGUUGUGCCUAUCAGCAACUGAAGGGUCUAUUCAAUAUACUCAUCUCUUGAUUUUCUUUAUUUAAGGCAAAUGGAUUUUGUAGCCUUUUUUACAACGAAGUGCCGAAUCCAUUCCAUCAUGUCUGGAACUUAAUCGGCAACACAAAUUUAAAACGGUUUUCUUUUAGCUUACUUUGAAAUUGAACCAUUUUAAUUUGUAUAAUUAGAAAUCAGCUUAGUUGAUUAUAUUUAUUGGUGUAUUAUUUAAAACAUUCAUUCCAAUCAUUUGCUUUUACUAAAUCAAAAACUUCAUUUAAUAGGAAUUCUAAUUAGAA